GUGCGCCACCCGCUCCUCCCUUCCUCUCCCUCCCCCUCUCCUUCCCUCUUUUGUUUUCCUUUUAUUUAACCUUUAUUUCGAUGGCCCAGUGUGCGUUAAGGUUCCAGCAGCAUUUGAGAGCAUCUUUCUGGCUGCGAGACAAAAGUUAUCUUCCGGGUUUUCCCUGCAAUGUGGAUAACGGGAUUUACCCUUGUCGCAUCUGACAAUUGGAAGACUCUGUGAAAAAUAUGAAGGAUUAAAGGGACCAUGAGUAUAAUCUCUUUUCUCUUUGAGGAUAGUAACUGCAGACUUUUGUUGAUGUGGCACUGUGGGAGAAGCACACACUGCUGCUUCUCUGUAGGUGAUGGCAAGUGUGUGAUCUGUGACUCCUACGUGCGGCCCUGCACCCUGGUGCGCAUCUGUGACGAGUGUAACUACGGCUCCUACCAGGGCCGAUGCGUCAUCUGCGGAGGGCCCGGCGUGUCUGAUGCCUACUACUGCAAGGAGUGCACCAUCCAGGAAAAAGAUAGAGAUGGUUGCCCUAAGAUCGUCAACCUGGGCAGUUCCAAGACAGAUCUUUUCUAUGAAAGGAAAAAGUAUGGCUUCAAGAAGAGGUGAUCCUCUUCAUACGUGGCUACCUCCUUGGAUUGGCAAGAGGGUCUUGGAACAUCUCUGGACUUUACUCUUAUUGAAAACUGGUUGAUUUUUUUUUUUUCUAAAACAGUACAAAUUCAGUAAUAUACUUGGGGUUGGAGAAAUAACAGACUGAGUGAGGACUGAAACCUGAUCAGAACCAAUGAUGAGAGAGGGCAAAUGAAGAUUACUGUCUUCUGCCUUUGCAGAAGCUCUGCUAGUAGUUGCCCCAGCUCUCUAUACAAAGCAGAAUUAGCAAGCACUUACACAUAGAGGAGCUAUGUAAAAAUGGGAAGUGCUAUUUUUAGAGUGGAGAAACACCUUGAGGUUGUUCUUACUGGGCCUCCUCUCAAUUAUUUGAAAUUGCCCCAUCCAUCAGUGUUGAAGAACGAAGCAUCAAUCUGCUCCCCUCCUCUCUUCCUCCAGUAUAUUUCCAUGCUGCCCUGUUUUGUAAGGAAUCUGCUCAUGGCUGGUACCUUCCUAGGGAGAGCACAGCUGUUCCUUGUUUUCUUUGACAGAUAAAUCCAAGGCCAUUUCUUGUAGCCAUUUCUGUAGGAUGCAUACCAAUAAAGCUUUUUCUUUUGGGUUUUUAUUUUUUGUACAA